AUGGAAGAGGCCGCUUUAUGGAAACGGGUUUUGUCGGCGAUAUUUUAUGGAAUCACUUCGAUCGUAGUGGUUUUUGUGAACAAGAUUUUAUUGACGAAUUUCAAAUUCCCUUCCUUUCUUUUUGUUGGAUUUGGUCAGAUGAUUGCAACAGUUUUGGUGCUAUUCUGUGCUCGCAUGCUUAAAGUCGUCUCGUUUCCGUCGCUGGACUCAUCCAUUCCACGAAAAAUAAUGCCACUUCCUCUUCUCUUCGUUCUCAACUUGGUUUCGGGUCUUGGUGGAACUAAGCUGAUCAACUUACCAAUGUUUACCGUUCUUCGACGAUUUUCGAUACUGAUGACGAUGGUGCUGGAGUACUACAUUUUGGGAGUAAAUGCUUCACGAGCGGUCCGCAUCUCGGUUUGUUUGAUGAUCGCUGGAUCUAUCAUCGCUGCACUUUUUGAUCUCACAUUUGAUAUGUGGGGUUAUAUUCUUAUUGGUCUGAAUGAUAUUUGCACAGCGGCACUAGGAGUCUAUACCAAACAGAAAUUAGAGGCAAAAGAGCUUGGAAAGUAUGGCCUUAUGUUUUAUAAUUCGCUGUUCAUGCUAGUUCCAACAUUAGUCCUUAUUACCUAUACGGGUGAUACAGAUCAGGCAGUGACCUUCAUGGUAUCUAAUAGGAUGACGAACUCUGUUUGGAUCUGUUUCUUUGUCUCUUGCGUAUGUGGAUUCAUACUGAAUUACUCUUUAGUUUUAUGCACACAUUUCAAUUCGGCGUUAACGACUACGUGUGUAGGACCCAUAAAGAACUUAUUCGUUACGUACGUGGGUAUGUUUUCGAGUGGUGACUAUGUGUUCCAGUGGACGAACUUCAUUGGCAUUAACGUUAGUGUUAUGGGCAGCGUUUUGUACACAUAUGUGACGUUUCGUACUAAAUCCCUGAGCCAACGACUUCACAGUACUUGUGUGCUUUCUAAAGCAAUGUGUUACGGGAUAUCUAAUUCGCACUUGUCACGAACUGCAUAG